AUGUUGCCCUCGAAACCGCCCGGUGCACAGACAGCCUACAAGACCUUUCGACCCAUGACUCCACCAGCACAGACAUCCACUAUUUGGGAAUUAGGAAAUAUUCCUAUUGCCCCCGGGUUCUACAAAGCAGAUGAGGAUGACCAACUGGUUUUCCAAACUUUGCCCAAACUGCAAAUCACACAGCCUAAUCUCGGGGGCUUCAACCUUGGAAACCAACUUUCACCCCAAGUCUCUCAAUCGCGUGCACGCCUCGAUUUCUCAUCGCUAAAACGACCCCCGGAACUCAUGCCAGCAUUCUCGUCGAAAAGAAAACGUUCCCAAAAUCACCUAUCUCGUUCAUCGACUUCCGAUGUCACAUCGUCAGAGGAGCUGCCCUGGGAUAUAUGCGAGAUUCUCUGGAACAUGAAGACCCCUUCACUCAAAUAUCAUCAACGGAAGAUUGAGAAUGGUGCAACUUGUUACAGUUACUUUGCGAAGGAGGGAAUUGUCAGGGAACUAGCACGUCGAGAGAAGGGCGGAGGAAGUCACUGA